GAACGUCUUCCUUGUGAAACAUGGCUGCGUCCUGAAACACGAACAGAGUUCUACUCAGAUUUUAUUUAUGUCCUUAUCAUAAUUAAAUAUCCGACUGAUUUGGUUUAAACUGUCUCGUUUAACAAGACAUUAAGUAAAUGCGUCAACGGUAUAAUAAACCGGAACUAAUACAGCGACUGUCACCGAAAAACAUUCGUUGUAUGAAAUCUUAGCGCUGAAAUAUGGAAGCAGUCGCGCUGUCACGUCAGAUUGCCAGUUUGCGUUUAAAGGACUGAGAUUCACUGACGACACCGUAAAAUAUCAUUUUCUCCCCCGGUUGGUUUCUGAAAAGCGAUGUUUAGUCCUGUAAAGUCUUCUUAUUCCAGGGUGAGCCCGUCGGUUGUAAACCGGGAGCUGGGGAAGACCAAGAUGAGAUAGCAAUAGGUGAAACUUUCAGUUUUCUCUAAACGAAACCUAACGAACAGGAGGUUUAUCAACACUAAACGUUGCGAAGAUGUUCGGGGAUCUGUUUGAGGAGGACGGGGACGGCUUUUCCUCCACACCUGGCACAGGUAAACCUGUGAAGGGGAGAGAGUGCGAACCUCCUCCACCCCGGGGAAAAGUCCAGCUGUGCGGGAUAAAGAAUCAGGGUGGCACUUGUUACCUGAACUCCCUCAUCCAGACUCUUCUGUUCACACCCGAGUUGAGAGAGGAACUCUUCAGUCUUGGACCGGAUGAAUUGGGUUGUCUGGCUGACAAGGACAACCCGGAGGCCAAGGUCCGUGUGAUCCCACUGGAACUUCAGAGUUUGUUUGCUCGUCUUUUGCUGGCGGACGAACAGACGGCCUCUACAACAGAUCUGACUGACAGCUUUGGAUGGACCAACAAUGAGGAAAUGGCUCAGCAGGAUGUUCAGGAGCUGAACCGGAUCCUGUUCAGCGCUCUAGAAAGCUCUUUAGUGGACACUUCGGGCAGCAGGCUCAUACACCGCCUGUACCACGGGACGCUUGUCAACCAGAUCACCUGCAAGGAAUGCGGCAACAUCAGUGAGAGACAGGAGGACUUUCUGGACCUGACAGUGUCCGUGCGGGGUGUGAGUGGACUGGAGGAGGCGCUGUGGAACAUGUUUGUGGAGGAAGAGCUCUUUGAGGGUAAUAACCUCUAUCGCUGCAGCAAAUGUGACCAGCUGGUCAGGGCUGCUAAGUCUGCUAAACUGAGGGAUCUGCCACCGUUCCUCACCAUUUCUCUUUUGAGGUUCAACUUCGACUUCGCCAAGUGUGAACGCUACAAAGAGACGGGAAGCUACGUCUUUCCUCUGACCUUCAAUCUCAGAGCGUUUUGUGAGCAGAGCAAUUGGUCAGACUCGGAGUAUUCGUACGAGCUCUUCUCUGUCAUCAUACACAAAGGAGGUUGUUACGGUGGCCAUUAUCACGUCUAUAUCAAAGAUGUGGAUCAGCUUGGCCACUGGGAGGCACCGGAUGAAGAUGUAAAAGUUAAGACAAAGACCUGGAGACAAGAGGCCAGAGUGACAGAAGACAAGAGUGAGAUUGAGAAUUCAGUGGACGCGGAUGAUCCGCUAUCUGUUCUGACCGCUAUUCUUGCUCAGGAGGAGUCAAACUCUGUGCUUGUGGAUCAGCUGGGACAAAAGCUGCUGAAUAAAACCGGCACACCGUGGAGCAAAAAAUACAAGAAACAGUACGGCACCAUCAGCAAGUUUCUGCAAAGCCAUCCGGAGGUGUUUCUGCUGGUCUCGAAUGGAACCCGUGUUGCUCUGAAGAGCGCUGCUCCUGCGGCGGCAGAAUCGGUUUCCACCGAACCGUUCAGUCCGACUGCAGCCGUCACGGAGACCACGGAGGCAGAAGCAUCAGACACAUCCGAUGGAUGCCACUGGUUCGAUCUGAAUGACUCCACUGUGACAGCCAUUACAGAGAAGGACAUAGAGAAACAGUUUCAGGGCAAAGAGAGCGCCUACAUGCUCUUCUACAGGAAGUCCACUAUGAAAAGACCUCAAGAGGCGAUAGGAAACGCUGGAUACAAAGUGCCGCCUCACCUACUGGAGAUGGUCCAAGAGGAGAACGCAAGACUUCUGCAGAGAAGAACCGAGUUUGACGCCACGAGUAACAGCAUCGAGGUGCGGCUGCAUCUGGCCCCUCGUUACCGCUGUGAGAACGGAGCUCUGCACCCCACGGCACCGAACAACGACUCCAUCAUCACAGUCACCUUUGAUCGCAGACAGACUGUGGGAGACCUGCGACUGGCCGUUUACCAGAUGCAGGAUCUUUGGGAUGGAGACAUGGCUUUGACUGUGGCUAAGAAUGUGCCGGCUGGAUUACACUUGUAUGACACGCUGACAGAUGACCAGAUGUCCCUGUAUAGUGCGGGCGUGUGUAAUGGCACUGAUCUCUUCGUGUGGAACGGAAGAGAAGUCAAUGGUGUGACGAUGCAGACCGGCGCUGAAUGGGAGCCGGUUUUGCUCACCGUCUUCCGUCCCUCCGCAGAGCAGCUGGGCUGUGAGGACGAGUCUGGGGUCGGGGAGGGCGACGCAGACGGUCUGGUGCGUUCCAUGAAAGCCUUCGCUGGCGGGGCCACACUGGGUACAGUGCUCGAGGCCUUAGGUCCCCAGGAGGCCCUGCUGUGCCAGGAACAGAGCCGCCCGGGGGCUGAUGGAGGCGGCGCCAGCGGCUGGAAGGUUUUUCCACCUCAGGACCUGCAGAGGACGCUGAGGGACUUGUCUCUGAAAGAUGGAGAUGCUUUACUGCUCCUGCAGCCGAAAGAACUGGACAGCAGUAUCUUCAACAUGAAUGGUGACAUUGUUACAGUGACGACGCCGUCAGACUGUCGGUGGCUGCAGGUGGAGUUUUGCCCACGGAGUGGGAUGCAGGAGGAAGAUGCGGAGCAGGACAAGAGGAGAAGUAAAGUCUCUGCCUCUGGAAAUAUGCUGCUGUCUGAGGUGAAAGCCAAAGCUCUCGAGGGACUUCAACUCCUGGAUAAACUCAAUGGUCUUGAGUGUUGUCUGAGACAGACGGACCGAUCUGGAAAACGUUUACCUCCAGUGCACGAGCAUCUGAGCGUACGGGAUGCGGGGAUCAGGUUGAUGACAUCACUCUUCCUGUGCCCCGGACCGGCACCAACAGCUCAACAGUUGUUUUUGUACUUCAGUGUUGGUCUAGCGCCCUCUGAUGGUCAGGAGCUGGAGGUCACUGUAGAGGAGUCGCUAACCGUUAAAGAGUGCCUUAAGAAAAUGUUGCUGAUGGCGAGACUUGAAGGUGACUCGUGGCAUUUGAGGCGAGUCGACUGGUGUGAAGAGAUCGGAGAGCCCCUUAUGGAUGAGAAUGCAUCUCUGAAAGAGGCAAAGGUUCUUCAUGGGGACACACUGGUGCUGGUGGAGGGGCAACUUCCUCCAAAGGGUUACCUUAAGCUGUCUGUCAGGAUGUCCAUGGAUCCGUUUGACAGCUCCAGCGUUCCAGAGCUAUACCAGGAGUUCCCUACAGAGUGCUCUGGAUCAGAGAUGAGAUUCGUUGGAUAUGUGGAGAUAUCCGAGGAGGCUUCAUUAGAUGACUUCAAGACUCAGGUGACAACUCUGCCGGCCCUUCAUGACGUGUGCGUGCCGAGCCCUGCGUUCUUGCGCGUGUGGAUGCUGGAGGGACGGAAACUGGCUCGUAUACUCCGAGGAAAACAGCAGACACUCAGGAAACUGAAGCUAGGGAAUGGGGCGGAGGUGUGUGUCCAGAGGUUGAUGAAAGAGGAGGACCUCGGGCUGAAGGAUUUGCUGCUGACGGUUCAGAUGGGGGUGCCCGGAGAGAAGGCGUAUUAUCCCGCAGAAGAGUUUUUGUGGGACGCCGGACGUGACGGGACCGCCAGGGGCCUGUAUGCCGCUUUGGCCACUCAGUACGGUCUCACUCCUGACAACCUGCUUCUGGCUAAACACCUGCCUGACAAACACACCUGGAUGCCCGUCUCCAACUGGACUCAGCAGGUCUCAAAACGGAAGAAGAAGAGGAAAGCCGAAGGUUUACAGGCAGCUCCUUUCUACCUGAAAGAUGGAGAUAUUAUAGGUGUCAAGAAUCUGCUAAUAGACACUAAUAAAGAAUUCAGCACUGUGCAGGAUGAGAUCGGACAGCAGAGACUCAGGGAAGAGGCAGCCAAUCACAAAACAAGGGAAAAUGCUGGCAGUGGGGAUUGUACACAAAACACAGGCCCUAAGAAGUCCGGCCCAACUAAGAACCGGAAACCAGAGGUGGCCUUGUCCAUUAAUGUUGGAUUGUUCAGGUAACCCAUGUGAAGAAGCACCUCGGAGCUGUUCAUUGGUCAGACACUGAAGAAGCCAAAACCAGUGGUGCCACGACAGAAACUCCACAGUGUCACGAUGUAGAGGCCGGCGUGAAGGCGGUGUCAAAGUGCUGCUUCACAAACAGCUUGUUUUUCAGAACUCGUGAACAAAAGAUUUCAUGGGCAAAAAGAUCUGAAAUCCAAACCUCAACUUAAGAUGCUUUUAGACUGGAGGACCAUUUUGAGUUAAUAUGGGAAUUUGUUUGAACUCUCAAGCCAACAAAGUGACGUCCUCUCAACAGAUUUCUUAAACAAAGUGACAUCUUGAAUCUCAGCCUUUUUAUGCAGUUCAUUAACAGUUCUCCAGCGAGACCAAGAGAGAACACGGGAUUUCUCUGCCUCACGUGUGUUGUAUGUGUGUGAAAUGAUGUGAAGAAAACCUUUGGGCUUAGUUUGUGUUUUCCUUUAAACGAGAUCAUCACAAUACUGUAUAACAGAUUUGGUUUACACAGAAAUCUGUUAUUUGUCAUUUGAAAUGUUUAUGCCUUUGAGACAUCAGGUCAUAGUAAAAGUCCAAAAUAUACAAAUUUUCUUUAUUAAAAAUGUUCUCAAAAUAAACACUUUGUUGUUAU